GCCGUCGCCUCCUCCUCCCCUUCCUCCUCCUCCUCCUCCUCCACGGCGGGCGGCCUUCACGCGCUUCCUCCCUCCUUCCCCUGGUGUCACUCCGCACCCGCGCCCUCUCCUCCCUCCCCUCCCUUCUCCUCCCCGCCCCGCCGCGCCGCGCCGCUUAUAGCCCGGCGCGCGGCUGCUGGGUGCAGACUGCUUGGGCAGCCAGAGUGGAGGCGGCGCGGCGGUGGCGCUGCGGAGACCGGGUCCAGACGCCAGGCGGCCGCCGGCGCGCACAGCGCUUCCUCGCUCCCUCCCCGGAGUGCACUGCCCGCCUCCUCGCGCGGCGCCGGCAGCCGCAGGCUCGCUCCCCCUUCCCGAGACGCGCUCCCGGAGACGCUCCGCGGGUCGCGGGCAGAGGCCGCGGCGUGGGAGUCGCGAGGCGCUGUCCUCUUCCCGGCUGGCGCCCCAUGCGCGCUCCUUUCGCUCGGGUUGUCGCCGCCGCUCCCCGGGGCUGAGACGUCCGCCUCGUCUCCUCCUGCCUGGUGACCUAGGCGAGAACCCAUCUGGUUGUGCGCCGACGCCGGUCGCCUCUGCUGAGUGGAAACAAAAUGUCAGUCAGCGUGCAUGAGAACCGCAAGUCUAGGGCCAGCAGUGGCUCCAUCAACAUCUAUCUGUUUCACAAGUCUUCCUACGCGGACAGCGUCCUCACGCACUUGAACCUUUUACGCCAGCAGCGCCUCUUCACGGAUGUCCUCCUCCAUGCUGGAAAUAGGACCUUCCCUUGUCACCGGGCCGUGCUGGCCGCGUGCAGCCGCUACUUUGAAGCCAUGUUCAGCGGCGGCCUGAAAGAGAGCCAGGACAGUGAGGUCAACUUCGACAACUCCAUCCACCCCGAGGUUUUGGAGCUGCUGCUUGACUACGCGUACUCCUCCCGGGUCAUCAUCAAUGAAGAAAAUGCGGAAUCGCUCCUGGAAGCCGGUGACAUGCUGGAGUUUCAGGACAUCCGGGAUGCCUGCGCAGAGUUCCUAGAAAAGAAUCUGCACCCCACCAACUGCCUGGGCAUGCUGCUGCUCUCCGAUGCGCACCAGUGCACUAAGCUGUACGAACUCUCCUGGAGAAUGUGUCUCAGCAAUUUCCAAACCAUCAGGAAGAACGAAGACUUCCUCCAGCUGCCCCAGGACAUGGUGGUGCAGCUCUUGUCCAGCGAAGAGCUGGAGACGGAAGAUGAAAGGCUUGUGUACGAGUCUGCAAUUAACUGGAUCAGCUAUGACCUGAAGAAACGCUAUUGCUACCUCCCAGAGCUGUUGCAGACAGUGAGGCUGGCUCUCCUGCCAGCCAUUUAUCUCAUGGAGAACGUGGCCAUGGAGGAACUCAUCACCAAGCAGAGAAAGAGCAAGGAGAUUGUGGAAGAGGCCAUCAGGUGCAAACUGAAAAUCCUGCAGAACGACGGCGUGGUAACCAGCCUCUGUGCCCGGCCUCGGAAAACUGGCCAUGCCCUCUUCCUCUUGGGGGGCCAGACCUUCAUGUGUGACAAGCUCUACCUGGUAGACCAGAAGGCCAAAGAAAUAAUUCCCAAGGCUGACAUCCCCAGCCCCAGAAAAGAGUUCAGUGCAUGUGCAAUUGGCUGCAAAGUGUACAUUACUGGGGGGCGGGGGUCUGAAAACGGGGUCUCGAAAGAUGUCUGGGUUUAUGAUACCCUGCAUGAAGAGUGGUCCAAAGCUGCCCCCAUGCUGGUGGCCAGGUUUGGCCACGGCUCUGCUGAACUGAAGCACUGCCUGUAUGUGGUUGGGGGGCACACGGCUGCGACUGGCUGUCUCCCGGCCUCGCCCUCAGUCUCCCUAAAGCAGGUAGAACACUAUGACCCCACAACCAACAAAUGGACCAUGGUGGCCCCACUCCGAGAAGGCGUUAGCAACGCCGCGGUAGUGAGUGCCAAACUCAAGUUGUUUGCUUUCGGAGGUACCAGCGUCAGUCAUGACAAGCUCCCUAAGGUUCAGUGUUACGAUCAGUGUGAAAACAGGUGGACGGUACCCGCCACCUGUCCCCAGCCCUGGCGUUACACAGCGGCCGCUGUGCUGGGUAACCAGAUUUUCAUUAUGGGGGGAGACACAGAGUUCUCCGCCUGCUCUGCUUACAAAUUCAACAGCGAGACUUACCAGUGGACCAAGGUGGGAGACGUGACGGCAAAGCGCAUGAGCUGCCACGCCGUGGCCUCCGGAAACAAACUCUACGUGGUUGGAGGCUACUUUGGCAUUCAGCGAUGCAAGACUUUGGACUGCUAUGAUCCAACGUUAGAUGUGUGGAACAGCAUAACCACGGUCCCGUACUCGCUGAUCCCUACUGCGUUUGUCAGCACCUGGAAACAUCUGCCUUCUUAGGCGCGGGACAUCGUGAAGGAAGCGAGCGUGAGCUCACUCCAUCACUUGGCGAGACAAAAACCAAGAUUUCGACUUUGGAGAGGCCAAACUUAAUGAGGAGGAAGAAAAGAAAAAGGAAAAGAAGUUGCUACAAGACUCGAUUACAAUCCACCGCACCUUGUAAAUGCUCUAACUGGACAUGAAGGAGGGGGUGGGGGAGGGGGUGGGAUUUUCAGUGCAAGUAGCACAUGGUUUAAAUAUGAAUGGAUGAACCUGUGAUCUAGUCCUUGUCUUGUAAUUGUGGAUUAAUGUCAGCGUUAAUCAGCCCCUCAAAGGGAGAGAAAAGCCGGGCCUUUUCCCUUGCUGUACCAUAUUCAGCAUUUGAUUUCCAUGGGCUCCACCAUUUAUGUGUAAAAUUUGAAAUGGUUGUCACCUCUCUCCGAGGAGCAAGCUUGAAGCCUCCACACCAGCUGCUGUUGGAGAUUGAAAGCCCAACUGUGGGGCCAGGAGGGGAGCUGGCUUGGCUGGCCGCAGAGUGAGGACCCCUGGACUCUCCACUAAUCUCGGAGGGGUUGUGCUCCCCAGGAAGGUUCUGAACAAUGGGGCCGUUGUUGGUAGGCAUUUGGUGGAUGUUCUUUUCUAUUUAUAAGUGACUUUAAACUUUCCCUUGGCUGUUAAGAAGUUUGUUAUAGAUUGAGCUAUUUAUUGUUUGAGGCCUGCAUGCUGAAACAGUGCUUAAAAUGGUCUUCACGUGUAUGGAUGUGUGUGGAUGGUUGUAUGUUUUGCACAAUUUUGUGGCUGUUGGUGAAGCGCUUUGCUGCACAAAUAUGAAAACUUGGGAGUUACUGUUUGGAGUAUAACUGGAGGGUGGGUUGGGAAGGGGGGGCGGGUUGUAAAUGUCAAGACAGGGAAGGAGUACAAAACAAAAACAAAUCACAUCGUAGAGGUAGAGGACGCAUGGAGGUCGCUUUUCUUAGACUCACUCGCUUUUAAUGGUGUUUCGUGGGCCCUACUCAUGCUGAUGGCUCAUGGGGUGAGAGGGAAGGCUUCCUUCUGCCCUGCUCCUUCCCAUCCGGUUCACCCACUUCAAUCUCAGCUACUGAAAUUUGGAAAGGACCAAGUCGCCUCGCGGUUUUUUUUCUUUGUGUCGUAUCCUGAAAUCCUGGAAAAUGCUAUGGCAUCGUUUUGUAUAUAGGGCACAGGUAAAGGCAUUGCCCCCGAGUUUAUUUAUUUCUCUAUUUAUUACCCUGUGAAAAUGCUUUGCCAUAACCACAGUUACCAGGAAAAGGCCGAAUUGUCAACAGACGUCAGUGAAUUCGCUCGCCAGAUUUGCUCGACCUGGAUGCAUUGUUCUCGCUUCUCACCUUACGACGUCGCGAGCGUUAGAAGUUCUUCAAGACCGCGUUCACGUUGGCACAGGGUAGACUUCAGCGCUCACCCUUCGCGAGGUCUCUAAAAGAACUCUUUGGUGUGUAAAAGUGACACAUCUGGCAGGGAGACACCAAAGAAUUACCAGCAGUGGCCCCCGUUGAGAGGUUUUUCCGGGCUAGGUGGGAAUCUGUUGUGAAUACAUUCUUUGCUAGUUCGAGUGUUUGUUUACUAACCGUGUGCCGUGAUAGGUAUUAGUGCCGGACCCCACGAGGCGCUUCCUCAGGGGCGUCGGGGGAAGGCCAGGGGUUGCCAGUCAGCACCGCUUUCAUCCGUGUUGCUCACGUUACCGUAGUUUAGAAAAUAGAGCUUAGGACUGAUAACAACCUUUUACAUCGUGAGUGUGUUUGCAUUGUCUAGUGACAGAUCAACCCUUCGCAUUUCUCUUUACCUGGAUGCUUUAGACUAACUGUCCCUGUCUGUUCGUGCCACGAGUAAGUGGGCUAUCGCUGGACCAGAAGCAAUGAGCCGUUGGAAUAAGAGCAUCCCAGUACUUUUCCAGCAGUCAGCCCCUCGCUCCUAGAUGUGUUGCAAGCCAUGCAAAUGUCUAAUUGCACCCUGGCAGCAGAGGGGUGGCGUUUAUACCGUAGCUCUUACAGCUCUCCGGUUUAUGAUGCAAAUCUGCCGAGAUGUGUGUGUGUCACUGCGUGAUUUCUGAAAGCGGGAUGAAUUUUCUGCAGCUGUUUCAAAGUUGUGGUCUGUCCUUGAAUCCUCUAUUAAUUACUGUGUGUGAGCCAGAGGGAGCCGUGGUCAGGGUGGGCCCCCAGCCUGCAGGGAACUUUCUGGACUCCCGCUCUUUGAAUUGAUGUAGGCAUUUGGGCUCACUACUUGACCAUUCUCACCCUGUGAAACGUCCCCCACUUUGAAGCAAACACAAUUCACAGCACAGUGCACACAAAAACCUUGGCAGAAGACAGAGAAGGUUCUUCUUAUUCUGUGGACUGGUUGCUGUGGAAACAGAUAACAAAGGGCAGCCUUCCACUUCUGGUAUAAUUGUGUAGCCCCCUUUUCUCUGGGCUUGACACCUGUCUGAAUAAGAGUGAUUAGAGCUGAAUAAUAUCCCUCUCUUGGCUGUUGAAUAUGUGGUUCACGUACAAAACUCCGUGUAAGUUGAAGUGAAGUGUUCGUGUUCGUAUGUGCUCGGUUGCCACUACUACGUUUUUGAGGUUUUGUAAAACUGUUAUUUUUGUUUUUCACAAUGUGAAACUGAAGGUCAAAUAAAUUAUUAGAGUUUUUCUCUUCA